AUGAAACCAGGUGAGAAUGUGACAAAACCAGAAAACAGAACACGACCCAAGAAAAUAUAACUGAUCCGAAACAAACCAAAUGGCACACAAUCCUCCCAGUUAAUCAUUAAAGGAAAGAUUUUACAUCCACGGCCAGAUUUUCCCUUUAAGUAUCCUUAAAGGUUAGUUCAGAAAAAAGAACAAGUAUUUCUGUGGGUGGUGAUUAAGUGGGAUGGUUUUAUAGGUAAAACAAAACCAGCUCUUAAGAAAAGCCCAAAUGUGAACUCCUUCAUUUCCAGCUCUGCCCAAACAUGCGCGCAGACGCUGCAGACGCUGCAGCCGCAGGCGCGCAGACCGACUGCUUCGAGGACUCCACCGCGUUCCUGGGGGAAUGGGGCCGCUUUCAGAAGCAGGUGUUCUUCGCCCUCUGCCUCAGCACGGUCCCCAACGGAUUCAUCGUCAUGAGCAUCGUCUUCCUGGCCGACACGCCGCCUCACCACUGCCUCGUCCCCGCGCACCUCAACCUGUCGGCCGAGUGGAGGAACGCCAGCAUCCCGCUGGAGGACGGCGCGGGCGCGCGCUCCAGGUGCUCCAGGUACAGACUGGAGGACUUGCUGAGGUUCUCGGAGGGAAACCUGCUGCCCGGGGUUGACGUCAAUCUGUCUACAGUCCCCACUGAGGCAUGCUUGGACGGAUGGGAGUAUGACCACAGUGUCUACACGUCUACCAUCGUUUCUGAGUGGGAUCUGGUGUGUGACAACAGCUGGAGGAAUCCAAUGACUUCUUCUGUCUUCUUCUGUGGUGUUCUCACAGGCUCUUUCCUCUCAGGACAGCUGUCUGACAGGUAUGGAAGAAAAACAGUCAUGUUUGCCACUAUAGUCAUCCAGACUGUUGCAACAUUCAUCGCAGCUUUUUCUACAAGUUGGGCCAUGUUUUGCUCUUUUUACUUCUUUGUCGGAGGUGGAAAUAUUUCUAACUACGUAGCUGCAUUUGUAUUAGGAGCGGAAAUAUUGGGCCCACGGAUUCGGACGGUUUUCUCCACCGCUGGGGUGUGCCUGUUCUUCGCUCUGGGAUACCUGCUUCUGCCGCUGCUUGCUUUCUUCGUCAGAGACUGGAGGAGUCUCCUCCUCGGCCUGACGGUACCCGGUGUCCUCUGUGCUCCUCUCUGGUGGUUCAUCCCAGAGUCUCCUCGAUGGCUGCUUUCUCAGGGAAAGGAGGAAGAGGCGGAGGCCAUUAUUAGAAAGGCUGCAGAGAUAAACAAUGUGGAGCCUCCAACAGUCAUCUUUGCUUUUUUGAAGAAUGAAGAGAAGCCUGAGAAGACGAGGGGCCACAACAUCUGUGACCUGCUUCACUCUCGAAACAUCCGCUGGAUCUCAAUCACGCUGUGGCUGGUUUGGAACUCUCUUGCAAUUUCCUACUUUGCCCUCUCUCUGAACACGGCGAACCUCCAUGGGAACACUUACUUCAACUGCUUCCUGUCGGCUCUGGUGGAGAUCCCGGCCUACUCGCUAUCCUGGCUCAUGUUCCGCUGUUGUCCCAGACGACUCAGUAUUUUCCCCAUGCUGUUUUUGUGUGGGGUGGUGUUGCUCAUCAUUAACUUCCUACCAGCAGCUUUGGUUUAUGUAUCUAUAACGCUUGAGAUGAUCGGGAAGUUUGCAGUGACGACGGCCUACGCUCUCGUCUACGCUUACACAGCAGAGGUCUACCCCACUGUCCUGAGGACCACAGCUGUGGGCGCCUGUUCUAUGGCUUCCAGAAUUGGCGGCAUCAUUUCCCCAUUCUUCAUUUACCUACGAAACUAUUCAGCUUCACUGCCUUACAUCCUCAUGGGAAGCCUGACGGUUCUGAUGGGGUUGCUGAGUCUCCUGCUGCCUGAGACCCAUGGAAUGCCUCUGCCUGACACCAUCACUCACAUGCAGCGCUUUCCUGGGUACAGAUGCUCCUCCCACACAUCCGUCCAGAACUACAUCAUCACAAAACAUUUCAAAAUGUUCUCCAGUUUCUUGGCACGGAGUAAUGUUGUCAGAAAAGCUGGUCGUUUCUAAUAAUUUCAAUGUUUUAUUGACUUAUGAAAUCGAUUAAAAUUGUAGUUUUAAAUAUUUUUUAUAUAACUCUUACUUCUAAGUAUAUUUCUGCUAAACAUUUUCAUUUUUAUUUUUUGUAUUCUCGCACUAAUAGAUUUGCUCUUUGGCUGUUUAUUCACCUUUUUAUGUAAAGAAGUCGCAAUGUUCCGAACUCGCACAACAAGCGACUCCAGCAAAGGCUGAGAUCCAAGUGAGAACACAAUGUCCUCGAACACGGCCUGCCACCUGUAUGCAUCCGGCCUCACAGUGGGGCCCAACUGGACCCUGUUUGACGUACAUUUCUAAGAACACUCACACCGCGUGUAAACUCCAGCUAACAAGUUCAGGAGAACAUAAAACAAUUGAAACCAAUGGGGUGUCAUUUAACAUUGUUUGAACCUGGCAGAGUCCAUUAAAAGUUGAAAAGUUCCUUAAAAACAGUAUGUGGCAUUUUUUAUGGGGCCCCGAAUGGAAUCGCUCUGCUAAUGGAAAUUACCUCACAGUGUAAUCAGAUUUAGACUUAAUGUUUUACAAUUUAUAGACAUAAAAAAAUUAUGUUCAGGUCAAACUUAUUACAAAAAGUGUGGUCAAAUGUUAAAAAUACAUAAAACAUCAGAAUGAAAAUAUUUAAAUACACAUCUAGGUGUGCUUUUACAUUAGGGUUUUCAUUUAAAUUGGUAAACACACACACACGACCCUUUAAAAUGUUAUCAGUUUUUACUUAAAUGUGGUUUAAAAAGUGGACUGAAAAAUUAAACUGUAUGCUUUCUUCAGCAUUCAAUAACUUAUAGAUUUAAUUUCUCCCUGUAUGUCAAGUUUUUAGUAGAAAAAAAUAAACAUUUUAACCUUUUUCAAGAUUUAAAACUUAGUGUAGAUAGCCACAGAUGUUUGUCAGAAGCUUUUUACUUUAACUAAAAUUUUAUGUUUAUAAAAAUUCAAAACAGAUGACUUCAGAUUUCUAAAAAAGGCUCUU